GAGAGAGAGGAGGUUCGUCUAGUCGCUGCAGUCACGCUCUCUCCCUCUUUUCCAGUGCAGUUCACUUGCCUGGCGAUCCUGCAGCGGUUCCUCCUCCCCUAUGUAUUAAACUGUGCAGCUACAAGAGGCGGGGAGAUGCGCAUCAGCAACCCGCUACCCGACGAAGCUCUCUCCACUUCAGGACGGAAGAGACUAAAUGUGGAUGCUUUCAGGUGCAAACUUGCAUGAACUAAAAAAUAGUCCAUGCCGGGGUUUGGGGAUGUUAGAUACCUGCACGUAGCCUUUUCUAGGGCUAUAUUUCACUGUUGGACUAAGGAGUCGGUGGCGUCCUCAGCUGUUGCAUUUGGGGGCUGAAGUGUUCGGAGCAACAGAGAGAGGUCAGGCAACUAUGCGAUUUGAUUUCGAACGGUAAUUCCGGAUCAGUUUGCCACGGAUGCGAGCGGAGGUUGACUGUCAGUUCCCUCUGAGUUGUAUUUCAAGCCUGUUGUCGCCGGUAUUCCCGACAACGGAACCGUAGCGAUGGAGAAAGCUAGUCAGCCACAGCUUUCACUGUCCAUAACAAAGAGUGAAAGUCCAGCGGAAGACAUCUCAAAUAUACCAGAGGAGGACCUUCUCAAGUGGACCAAAGAGGAUUUGGUGCGGCGGCUCCGGCGGUCUGAAGCCGAUAAAAUGAGCGUGAUACUGGACCACAGCAAUCUGAUCCGCGAGGUCAAUCGCAGCCUCCAGCUGCACUUGAACGAGAUCAGAGGGCUGAAGGACAUCAACCAGAAACUACAGGAGGACAACCGGGAGCUGAGGGACCUGUGUUGCUUCCUGGAUGACGACCGUCAGAAGGGCAAGCGGGUGUCCAGGGAGUGGCAGCGACUGGGGCGCUACAGUGCCUCCAUCAUGAGGAAGGAGGUGACGUUGUACCUUCAGAAGCUCAAGGAGCUGGAGGUGCGGCAGGACGAGGUGGUCCGGGAAAACCUGGAACUCAAAGAACUCUGUUUGUUACUCGACGAGGAGAAAGCUGGAGGAGGAGGAGGAGGAGGUGGUGGAGGGGUGGGGGUUGGUGGAGGAGGAGGAGGGGGAGGUUGUGGGGUGGGGGUGGUAGGAGGGUGUAGGAAUUCUAUCGAUAGCCAGAGUAGUUUGUUGCUGGUCCCCGGGACAGGGUUGUUGAUGAGGGACGUGGGGGAUGGGAGUAGUACGUCUAGCGCAGGGAGCGCCGACAGCUCCGAUCACCCCCACCACAAGCAGCUCCACCUGGCUACACACGCCGGUGGCCUCGGGGGCGGUGGAACUGGGAGCCCGGAGAAUCUCCAAAAACCCCGGGGUGGCAGUGUGAGUGGAGAACGUGAGAUCCCCUCGAGCCCUGAACCUCCUCACCCCCAGGGCAGGCACCGUAGCACCAGCCUGGAGUAUCCGUACGCCAUGCCCCAGCCCUGCCGGCCCCGCUGCGGCUCCAUCUCCGUGCCCGACCACACCCACAGCGGCCGCUCCAUGCGGGGGCUCAGCCCCGAGAAGUAUGGCCGCAACCUGGGGCGCCGGAGCCCCGAGUCCCAGCACCCAUCCACCAAGCACCACUACCUCCACGGCUCCGACCUGCUUCUCUCCCAGAAACAGCAGCACCUCCUGGGGUCGGGUCAGGGCGGCAGCGCCGGGGAGCUCUACCAGAGGCACCACAGGGGGAGCAUCGGGGGCAGUAGCUGCUGUGGAAGCCCCGAGCCCAGACAGGCACAUCUAGGGUUGGGGACGCCCGAGCUCCAGCAGCACCAUGAGAAGGGGUGUGUGAUGUCGGCCGGGGGCAGUCCAGAGACUCACAGGCACCAGUAUAGUGUGAGUCCGGACCACAUGAAGUUCGGCAGCCCUGGGAGAGAGGUACUGAAGAGACCGGCCACCGCUGAAGAGCUGUCACCGCAUCACAGGAGCAUCUACAACGGCAUGAACGCUUUGAUAUCAGCUGGAUGCUGUACCACCAACUGUAGAAAUGUGAAACUUUGGGACAGCUUUGAUGCCUCUUCUUGACCACACUGUACCCCAGCUGGGACGUUUGGGGUGAGACGUACCUCCUCAACGGGGGGAUAUGGAGGGUCCAACCCUCCUGGCCCAGACAGACACUAGGACAACUGGACACCCCUCUCCAAGAUCCUGAUGGUCUGUCCCAUCCGUCCUCAUAUACUACUAUGUUUCCAUUUCUACAUAUCCAGAGUUUGGGACAAUUUGGGGGAAAACUUGGGAAUGCUGUUAAGACGGAUGGAUGGCAUUCCCAAAGACUGCCACAGCCAAAUGGAUGAGCACGAGACUGGAUACCGCGUAUAAGCUCCCUGCCAAUCACCAUGACAUGGCCUACCUCCCGGAGCGUGAAAGAAGCAGGGGAAGGAGUGAAAAGAAGGAGAGGAGAAGAGGACAGUGUGUACCACUCCUCUCUGUUUACAGAUUCAGCUAAUCAGGCUGGGGUCCACUCUCUCUCUCUCUCUCUCUCUCUCUCUCUCUCUCUCUCUCUCUCUCUCUCU